AUGCAAAAGGAGUUUCCAAGCGGAGUCGAAUCACUUCCUGAAUUGAGGUAUUUGGCCCUCAGAUCUGACAGGAUGGAGUUCAUUCCACAAUCUAUAGCCAACCUCUCGAAUUUGGAAACUUUUCGUCUCAAAUCUCAUGAAACCGUUUCAUUGCCAGAUACCAUCUGGAACAUGAAAAAGUUGAGGGUUCUGUGCGUAUGGAUUUGUGCUCGUCCCUUGCUGAAUGACGACAUCCUUAGAAGCUCCUCCACUUUACCUAAUUUAGACUCUCUUUCCACUCUGAUUCUUCCUUUAAGUCAAGCAGGAGAAAACAUUAUUAGGAAGAUUCCGCACGUCCGCCGGCUGAAAAUUUUUCUCUCACAUAAUGAAGGAGCACGGGAAGCUACUGGCAGCUGCAACUUGAGUCAACUGGAAAGUCUAGAAUCGCUCACAGUGAUGGGUGGUUUCAUACUUCCAUGGGAUCAUAAUAUCGAGUAUAUUUUUCCCUCAGCUCUCAAAAAAUUGUCCCUUAGUGAACUGGGACUGCCCUGGAGUAAAAUUUCAUUGAUUGAACAACUUCCCAAUCUUGAGGUCCUCAAACUACUCGUCUGUUCAUUCCGGGGAGAUACAUGGGAGCUGGCCGAAGGAGGAUUCCCAAAACUUAAGGUCUUAACGUUGUCUCAAGUAGACGUUGUGGUGUGGACAGAGGCAGACCCUGACAGUGAUGAUUGUUUUCCAUGUCUUGAGCGGUUAAACCUGGAAGGAAAUUUAAAAUUGGAAAAGGUCCCUUCUUGUUUCGAGCGUUUAUCCACCCUUAAUAUGGUUAAGGUGCGCUUUUGGGGGGAGGAGAGCAACUGCGACAACGCUGUUGACAACUACUCAGUUGUCAAUUUAGUACGGCGAAUUGAAGAAGAGCAGAUCAACAACGGAACUGAGAAUCUGAAGAUUCUCAUCCAUUAUGUCCCCCUGCCAAGAUAUUGA